AUGACACAGUUGAGGAUAAUGAUGAUAAACAAUAUUGUUGUUUGGUUGGACUGUUAAAGUUCAAAAAUAUUAAAUGAUGAAUAUUGCUUGUCAAGAAAUAUGUCGAACAAUGAAAAACCAUACUAAGUUUAAUAUGUGAAAGGUAUAAUUAUAAUGAUCUUUGUAAGAGUAUAAAGGUAAUUGCUAUAUAAUACAUAGAUAUUAGAAUUAAAAAGCCUUCGAUAAAACCAAAUAAGCAAUUAUAUAAUCUCUUUUUAUUCAAAAGUUUCUAUUUUUAAUUAAAUUGCCUAUGUGA